AUGGCGGCAACAGUUCCCUCUUCCUUGGUUCCGGCUCACAUCUCCUCUUCGGACUCCCUCAACAACGGCAACGAUAAUACGAUAGCGACAGUGAGUCCCCACGUUGCCAGUGCGGUCUCCCUCCCCCUCCUCUUCUCUUCUUCUUCCUCGGGUGGGAGUAGUGGUGGAGCUGUGGACCUUGUUGGAGCUGGUGCAGGUUGUGGUGGAUCUGCUGGAAGAGGUAGUGGUGGAGUUGUGGAACUUCUUGGAUCUGGUGCAGACAGUGGUGGAGCUAGUGCAAUCACUGGUGGAGCUGGUGCAGGCAGUAGUGAGGCUGGUGGAGGCAGAGGUGGAAUUGUGGAACUUGUUGUAGCUGAUGCAGGUGGUGCAGGUGCUGGCUGA